CAUCCAAUCAACCCUCUCUCUCUCUCCUCCUAGCUAGCUAGCUUGUUCAUCUUGUUCUUCCAAGUCUUCCUGCUAGGUCUCUCUUCGGGGAUAUGAGUGGGAACAACUUUGGGGACAGCAUGGGGUGGGGCAGAUCGUCCGGCUCCAGGAAGGGCAAGAGAGGCGGCAGCAGCAGCGGCGGCAGUGGCGCCGACAAGCCGAAGCAGCCGCAGCGGGGGCUCGGCGUGGCGCAGCUCGAGAAGAUUAGGUUACAGAGCGAAAUGGCUGAGUACUUCCAUCCUCUUGGUGGUCAGCCACCCAGCUUGAUCCACAGAACGGCCAGCCUCAAUUUGGAGGAUACGCGGGCGUCAACGUCCUCGCUCUCAUCGUCCCCAUCGUCCCCCUUCCAUGCUACCGCCGUCUCGUCGGCCUUCCCGGUCCAUCCGAAUUUUGGGAUGGCAUAUGGGGAGAGAGGAGACGCUCGAUAUGGUGAAUUCCAGACUCCCAUCGUAAGAUCACCAAGCAGCAGCACUAUCUACGGGCCACCACAUUACGCACAUCCUGGUGUCACAUUGCCACUGUUUGCACCAGAGGAAUCUACCCGUCUGAGAAGGCACCAUGACCGGAGCCGGUCAGCUGAUUCGACGAGUAUGAAUUCCGAUGAUCCAGAAGACGUGGAUCUCGAGCUCAAGCUAUGAUCCUCAAGUGUUCUUCUCCUUACGUUCAUCUCUCCUCUGAUCUUAUACGACAGUUCCUUUCUUUAGCCUGCAUGGGGUUUUCCUUCCUUGUGGUGCAAUAAGUUUCUGAAUUGGUGCCACUAGCUAGAACCAAGGAUUUGCCAGCUUGUGUAAUGCGCAAAAGAUAAAAAGAGAGGAAUAGCAAUUCACAUUAUUUUUUACGUCAAGACAUGAUGUUGUAUGGGUAUGGCCAUAUGGAUGCAAGUCGUUUUGAUUGUACUACUAUACAAACAUAGAUGUGUUGACUCUUGCCCUGAAACUGCAUGCUAGCA